AGUUGCUUAAAUGAGCAGAGAUGCUGAAUCUUUUCGAAACAUAUAUAUUUUUAAUCAAAAGACUUUUGUAUUUGUAUUUAUUUCUGAGUGAUGCGUUUGGUUCUUAUCGUUAACUUUGUGUUAUUCCAAAGAAUAUGCGCAUAUUUUUAAUCGUAUCAUAGGUUUAUAAUCGUGAGCUAAAAACCGUUUCCUCGAGAGAUGAUAACGAGUGUUGAGUAUGACGCAGUUGUCAGAGAUCUAUUCGAAAACCGUGGAAGAUAUUUUUAAAACAUGCGCAUACAUCAUAGUGUCGAUUGAAGUAUCAUCCGAGUGUAUGAAUCGCAAUGGCAGUUAUCACCGUUAAAAUAAUAAAAAAAGGAACGUGCAUAAUAUAUAUAUACAUAUCUUCGCUCAUUCGAUUCAGUGUCAGUCACGCGGAUGCGCACGGAGUAUCCUCGUAAGUGUCUCAUAAGUGAAUUGAAUAUUCAUAUACGGAAAUUAUUUGACAGAAUUGUAAAUGAAAUGUCAAAUUCAUCAAUAGUUUUACAGGAAGUGUGCAUUACUAAUGAUAAUGCAUGUACAUGUAUUGCAGCCGUUACACAUAGUAAUUUAAUAAGUUAUUGCUAUCAUUAUGUCAUUCGUAUCAUCCUUGAUCGGAAUGUGCGCGCGACGAGCAAAUAAACAGUUGUUAACGCACCAAGUUCCGAUCGUUAAACAAUUAGUGCGAAAUUUAGAAGUGCAUGAGCACAUUGCGUAUACUUUAUUGAAAGAAGCCGGCAUUCCUACUCCACCUUUCUGGGUGGCGAAAACACCCGACGAAGCCGCUAAUUUGGCUAAGAAUCUGAAGACGAAGGAUCUCGUAUUGAAAGCGCAAGUUCUGGCUGGAGGUAGAGCAAAGGGACACUUUAAGGAUAGCAAUGUCAGCGGCGUCAUAAUGUGUGAUACAGCCGAGGAAGUGAAGGAAUUGGCGAACAGUAUGAUCGGUAAGGUGCUCGUGACCAAACAAACCGGUCCGGCUGGAAAGAUUUGUAAUUCGGUGAUGGUGACAGCACGCAUGUUUCCGCGUAAAGAGUAUUACAUGGCGGUGAUGUUGGAACGUGCCUUCGACGGACCUGUGAUAAUCGUUUCCAAGCAAGGCGGGGUAAAUAUCGAGGAUGUUGCCGCUGCAAAUCCCGAAGCUGUGGUGUGUAUACCGAUCAAUGUAAGCAAAGGUUUAACGACCGCGCAGGCGAACAGCGUUGCCGAUAAACUGGGACUCACGGGACACAGCAAGGAGAUCGCGUCGCUCGUCGCAAGUAAUCUCUACGACUUAUUCAUUGAGAAGGAUGCGCUGCUGCUCGAAAUUAAUCCGUUCGCGGAAGACAUUUGUGGCGAAUAUUACGCUCUGGAUUGCAAAUGUAAAUUCGAUGACAGCGCCCAUUUCCGACAAAAGGAAUUGUUCGCGCUCAAGGACACGACCCAGAUGGACCCGAAGGAAGUCGAGGCAGAAAAGUACGAUUUGAACUACAUAACUCUCGAAGGGAAUAUCGGUUGCAUGGUAAAUGGUGCUGGUCUAGCAAUGGCCACCAUGGACAUCAUAAAGCUUUAUGGCGGUAUACCGGCAAAUUUUUUGGACGUCGGCGGUACUGCCACAGUCGAGACCGUGAGAGAAGGUGCAAGCUAUUUUGGUGAAUAUCUUUGGCGGCAUAAUGAGAUGCGACAUAAUCGCUCAAGGGAUCAUAGAUGCUUUUAAGGAAUUAGAUUUGAAGGCUCUACGUCAUGCGUGCGCGUGGGAAACGUCAAGUUGGGUGGGGGCCACGAGGGCGAAGCUCGCGCCUGGCAGUCCACGGCCGUCGCUCAGGCAAAGAUGGCUACCAUGUUGUCGCGGGCGAUCACACUCGCGGAGAAUCUCGGCCGAUUGAAUGGCCCCAAGAUAUUGGCAUGUAAAACCAACUUGGUAAAACAGCCAACUAGAAAUUUGAACGUACAUGAACACAUUAGCUACAGUUUACUCAAUGAAGCCGGCGUGCCCACGCCGAAAUUCGGCGUCGCCAAGACCCCCGAUGAGGCGGCCAGACUCGCUGCCGACUUGAAGACGAAGGACAUCGUCCUGAAGGCUCAGGUCCUCGCUGGCGGCAGAGGAAAGGGACAUUUUAAAGGAACGAAUAUCAGCGGAGUGAAGAUGUGUGAAACUCCGGAAGAGGCCAAAUCAUUGGCGGGUCAAAUGCUCGGCAAACUGUUGAUCACGAAACAGACUGGCGAAGGUGGCAGGAUAUGCAACGCCGUGAUGGUCACACAGCGCAUGUUUCCCCGUAAAGAAUACUACCUUGCUGUUAUGAUGGAAAGAGCCUUUGGUGGUCCCGUCAUAAUAGCUUCCAGUCAAGGUGGAGUAAACAUCGAGGAAGUCGCAGCUACGAAUCCUACCGCUAUCAUGUACGAACCUAUUGACAUUAAUAAGGGAAUUACGAAGGAACAAGCGGAACGUAUAGUGACCAAGCUCGGCCUCGACAACGUAAAGGAUUACAUUUCCAAUAUAAUUAUAAAUCUUUACCAAAUGUUUCUUAAGAAGGAUGCUCUUCUUUUGGAAGUGAAUCCUCUCGCUGAGGACAUCAAUGGGAAUUAUUUCGCUCUGGACUGUAAGUGCCGAUUUGACGAUAACGCCGAGUUCAGACAAAAAGAACUAUUUAACCUGAGAGAUUGGUCUCAGGAAGAUCCUAAGGAAGUUGAAGCUGCAAAAUUUGACUUAAAUUAUAUCGCGCUCGAUGGUAAUAUAGGCUGCAUGGUAAACGGAGCUGGUUUAGCCAUGGCUACGAUGGAUAUCAUAAAGUUACAUGGUGGCGAACCGGCUAACUUUCUGGACGUGGGUGGUGGUGCAUCGACUUCGGCGGUGAAGGAAGCGUUUAAAAUUAUCACUUCUGAUUCACGCGUUCACGCUCUUUUAGUUAAUAUCUUUGGUGGUAUAAUGAGAUGCGAUGUUAUAGCGGAAGGUAUUAUCGCCGCGACUAAGGAAUUAAGUUUAAAAAUUCCUGUUGUCGUAAGAUUGCAGGGUACUAACGUAGAUGAAGCCAAGGCUUUGAUCGCGAACGCGGGAUUAAAAAUCGUACCAAUCGACGAUCUCGACGAGGCCGCCCGGGUCGCAGUGAAAUUAUCAACUAUUGUCAAAUUAGCUCAAUCUGAAAAUCUCAGUGUAAACUUCGAGAUACCUGCAAUUUCAUAGAUAGCAAAAACAAAAUAUAAUUGGUAUAAUAUUAUUAAGAAUAUUUUUGCCGAGAAUGUACUCGUUAAAAGAUUUCGAGAACAUCUGAAAGUAAUAACUACAGUAAUAACUUCGUAUGUAAUAAUAUUCUCGUCAAAGAGUAUAUACUCACACACGAUCUUUUGACUUUUUGUGUAAUAGACAGAAAAAGAGAACGAAAAAUAGAAAGGUCUUGGACACGUCUGUUUUAUGAUUGGUGGAUAUAAUAAAAUUUGAAGGACAGUAAACUAUUAAUGCAUUGUUAUGUAUGUAGGCGUAUUGGUAAACAAAUAUAAAUUAAAAUUUAAUAAUUAGGAAAAAUUUUUUUAAUUUUUACGCAUUUUAAAUUUUAGCAUUGACAUUUUUUUAAUUGUACACAAUUACUCUAACUAUAUCCGUAAAAUUAACAAAGAUAGUAAGUAAAUACUGGCAACAUUUAUAAAUGUUGCAGAAAAAUUUAAUUCUUUUUUUUAGAAGCAAUUCAUUUUCAUAAAAUUCUAAUUUAUACUUGUUUACUUACAUUAUAGAUAUAUUCACGGUACAUUUUCUCUUUAACACGGAUAUUUGUACGGAUAUUAAUACACAGAACUGUGCAAGAUUAUAGAAAUACUAUCGCUGAGGAUUCUGUGAAGUGUGACUUUCAGUAUUAAGAUUAACUUAUAUAUAUCUUAUCUUUGAACAAUUAUUGUAUGCAGACAUAUGUCCUAGAAUAUUCAAAGUAACUAACAAGAUGCUAUUAAAGACAAAAAAUAUAGAUGGCUAUUGAUAUGAAUAAAUAUGGAUAUAUCUGAAUAUCUCUAAAUUAACUUAUUGAAUUCAUAAUUUAUAUAAAUAACUAAACAUGUAAUAUAUAUGAUAUUAUAUGUUAUAUGUAUAUAUCGUGAAACUGCAUGUUUUUCGUAAUUAUCACUUGUAUGGAUUGUGUGCACACACAUCUAUGAAAUAACAAAACAAUAAUAAAUUAAUAUAUAUUAUGUCAUGAGCUAAUCGUCUAAAUUUUAACAGGUGAAUCCAUACAAGGCUGUCUUUAAUUAGUAUCUUGUUAGUGUCAAAGGUGAUGUGCACAUCCGUUCUUUAAAACGGAACCUUUCGCCAUUCACAUAGAAAACCGAAGUGGCGCAAGUAAAAGGCCUGUUCCAUAUAACAUAUGUAUGUAGCAAUAUAUAUGUAUACAUAAAUUAUUUUGCAUAAU